UAAUUAGUGAAAGUUCAAGUGAUGUCCGACCUCCUCUGGUUUGGUGCCCGUGAGCGAUCUGGGUCAUCUUCCAUCUGGUCUACUCUAGCUCUGUGGUCUACUGGCGCGGCAGAGAGUGUACUACUAUACUACUGUACUGGUAAAUGGUGUUGUACGUUGUGAGAACUGCAUUUGACUCAUCGGACCGACUGACUGCAUUGUGAGUAAAGAGAAAAGACUGGUAUACUUGUUUUGAUAUGAGUGGACUGGUUGUGCCAGAUUUGGAGAGAAAGUACACUUCCUUCCUCUACUACCUUCGCUCAGAGCUGCACAAGAGCGAAAUACAUUUUGUUGUCUGCUUGAAUCAUGAGAUUUAUGUAACACAUGUGAGGGAGGAGUACUCCUCUAAAGAAGCCAUUCUCGGAGUGAGUCAUCUUGUUGAGUUUGAGGAGGACAGAAUAACACUGGAUAUUCCUAUGGCUGGUGUUGAAGUCAGUGGAGAGUUGAAAAUAACGCCAGUGUUUUAUCCUACGGUUAUCAAGAAGCAUGUUGAUCAGUUCAAGCCGGGACAGAGAAUUCCGCACUGCUCCUUGAUGGCUGAGAUGACAAUGGCUGAGAUGACAAACAAACGCAAGAAGUCUGUUCCAAUGCUGUUCCACCAACACCAAAUCAGACUAGUGGGUGCAAGGGCUCCCUACAACAGCAUCACUAUUAAUCUGGAUUCCCAAGAAAUGUUCUUAGGAUCAUUUGCUCAACCAAUGAGUACAGCUCUUCAACAGCUGAUGGACAAAUGUCAGCUCACUACUUUACAAAUCAACAGGGAAAUCCAACAGGAAGACAUACCAUUUUUGGCGGUCCAUUUUGACAAUGUAGAUUUCUAUAUUUACGUAAUGGGAUUAUCCCCGGGCGAACAAAGUGAUGUUCGGUUAAAGGAAAUGAGAAGUAACCACCUAGCUAUGAUCGAGUGUUUGAUCAUCUGGAAAAGAAGGGAGCUCUCACAAGCGACAUUCAGGGCCCUUUUGGAGAUGUUAGUAAAGCUGGGGAAAGAAGAGAUUGCUGAACAAAUUUGUCACUACUUGAGCCCUCCUCAACCUCAACCAAUGAGUACAGCUCUUCAACAGCUGAUGGACAAAUGUCAGCUCACUACUUUACAAAUCAACAGGGAAAUCCAACAGGAAGACAUACCAUUGUUGGCGGGCCAUUUUGACAAUGUAGAUUUCUAUAUUUACGUAAUGGAGUUAUCCCCGGGCGAACAAAGUGAUGUACGGUUGAAGAAAAUUAAAAGUAACCACCUAGCUAUGAUCGAGUGUUUGACCAUCUGGAAAAGAGGGAAGGCCUCACAAGCGACAUUCAGGGCCCUUUUGGAGAUGUUAGUAAAGCUGAGGAAAGAAGAGAUUGCUGAACAAAUUUGUCACUACUUGACCGAACUCUCUGACGACCAGAGUCCUCCAGUCUACCAGCAGCCUCCAGGGUUGUUGAAGAAGCUACAAACACCCACUAUUAUUCAACUGCCAGAGCGCACACCUCUAACACAAGAUGAGAUUGAUGCUCUACAGAAGCUUAUCGAGGGGACAGAAGUGAACAUUGAUACCUUCAUUGCUACUGGUCAAGGCAUCACUCUUGAAGAAGCUCAACAAUUAUUUUCCCAGAAAGGUUACAUCGAGGACGCAAGGAAUCUCAGGACAAAACUCAAAGAAAUUGCCAAAGAGCAGCAGCGAUAUCUCGAGAUACUCAAGGAUUUGAUGACAGCUGCAGACACCAUCGACCUUCGCUACUUGAAACUUUUUCUUGUUGGCCCACCAUUUGUGGGAAAAACAACCACUCUAAGCCGUCUGCUAAAAGUAUUUGAGAAUAUUCAUUCAGCAGGUGACAAAGCAAAGCUUCAAAGUACACUACUCGCUAACUGUAUUCAAGCAUUUGCUUUUGUUGGUGACGACGCAGCAGAGUGGCGGUCUUCCAGUGACUUUGACAGUGAAGCAAAAAUUGUAUUCAACUAUUUCUGUGGACAUAAACAAAUAGCUAAAGAGGCACCGCUGGACAUACCCCUUAGUAAAGAACACACUACUCCACCCAAACCUGCCAGAACACAGCCACGUGUUCAACAAGCCCACACCCCAAAUUCACAAGUCGAAACUUUAGAUGACCAAAAAAAGGCUUGUAAAGAUCAAAGAAUUAGUGAUAUUGUUAGUCGCUUCCAAAAAUUGAUCAAAAGUGGAGAAUAUUCUAACCUUUUCAAUGCUCUGGGCACAUUUUUGAACAUUAAUGAUAUUGGAGGUCAGCCGGGCUUUUUAGAAAUGCUCCCAGCCCUGAGUAAUGGUCCGGCCAUGUAUCUUGUCUUCUUAGACUUGCGAAAAGAGUUAAACAAGCCGUACAAGAUCCCUUUCAGUCGCGAUGAAACAAUCAUCACUCCUUAUGAUUCUAUACACACAGUCAAAGACACAGUGUCUCAAAUCCUUUCUUCCAUCAGCAGCGUACAUUGUAACCCUCAAGUGACCUCUUCAUUCAAGACCGAUACAGUUGCUGGAUUUAGAGAGAAGCUUGAAUGUUUUUUACAAGUUAGUCCGUUGGCUGCGUUGAUAGGCACUCACAAAGAUAAGCUGGAAAAUCCUGAGGAGGUGAUCGAGGAAAAAAGCCAAGAUUUAAAAGACAUUGUACAAAAGUUUGAUGAAGUAAUGAUUUUUCCAUCAGCUAAUUCUAGCUCAAAGGUUUUAUUUACUGUGGACAACUACACUGGAACUGAACAGUCGGACAUAGCCCCUCUUCGUAAAUUUUUGAGUAAAAUCUUUCACAAACGCUUCAAGGAUGCUUCGCUACCGAUUAGACCAAAAUGGCUUUUAUUUGGACUCAUUCUACGAAGGGAAUACAAGAUUGCCAGUGUUGAAGAUUGUCUAGAGUUGGGGAAGAAGCUAGAAAUGGAUGAAAAUGAAACGAAAUUUUGUCUGCGGUAUCUUCACGACUGCGUUGGCACUGUCAUGCAUUACACAAACAUAACAAAUGAUAAGGAAAAGUGGCUUAAAAAUCGUGUAAUCUGCUCCCCUCAAGUAGUCUUCGAUAGCAUCAGUCAGCUGAUUCUUCCUUCUUUGCGUGAACUUCAUUCUGGAGGUACCUUCACCGAGUAUGAGCGAAAAGAGUUGAUUAGAAAGGGGCAAUAUUCAGCUGAAGCCAUCGAAAUGUAUUGUAAAACUGCUCAAGUAAGCAAAAAGUUGGGAAACAACGAACUUAUCCCAGCCAAGGUUCUUAUUACACUUCUUCAACAUCUAAAUCUUCUCUCUGAAAUUAUUCACAUAGAUGUUAAUAAUAAGAGCAAAUAUCGAAGCACCUAUUUAAUGCCCGCUAUUUUGGAGUGUGUUUCUCUGACCAACCCACCUCCACCAGAUGCCAACAACCCAGAGCCACUGCUCAUCACAUUUAGCUGUGGUUACGUUCCAACUGGAGCUUUUUGUGGUCUGAUUACUCAACUAGUUUCCCAAGGCCCUCAUGGAAUCCUCGGAUUGACGUGGAAGUUAGUAGAAAAUGAAAAUGGUGUCAAGCGAAACUGUGUUUCAUUUGUUAUCGAUGCUGUACAUACAGCGACUAUUAUCUCUCGUGAAAGAUACUAUGAAAUAAGAGUUUGUUGGAAAAAAUCGAAAAAAUCUGUCAAUGAGAUUUGUGCAUAUGUUUGGUCUGUAAUUCAGUACAUUCUUAGCGGCCUUUAUGAGCGAUUAGUUCCACAAAUUGCUUUUCAGUGCCACUGUCCUAAGCACUCGGAAAAGCCCAAUCUCAACGAUCUUUGUUCAAUUUCGCUAGGAUCAGAAGUCAGAUUCCUUUGUGAAAGCUCCAAGGAACCUGUUACCUUGAGGAAGACUCAAAUGGUUUGGCUUGGAAAGGCUAUCUCUAUUGGUCAGAGUGCUAGCUUGGGUGUUUUUGGGUUUGUUAAGGAACAGUCUCUGAAGAAAUUUUCUUUUAAUUGGAGCAAAGUGGGAGAGGACGACACACAACCUCCAAUUCAUCCCUGCAAGCCCAACAUUCUGACCUUCCAGAGUGUGAGUGAGGAGGACCUAGACUACUACCGGUGUGAGGUGAAGGGGGCUGGGAAAGUAGUCCUCACUGCAUACAGAGCUCUCUACAAAGAUGAGCUCAAUUCCGGAGAAUGUUCAGGAGGAGCUAGUCAGAAGAGACAUCUAUCUGCUGGGGAAACAUUAAGUACCAAACGCGUACACUCAUCUACACAGGGCACAGCCUGUGAUGUGGGAGGAGCUGAUUUACAAGAGUUGGUGGACAAGUACCAUGUCGAUACCGUCAAGCUUGAUCGAGAGAUUCCUGAUAAUGAAAUCCCAGUCAUAGCUGCCUAUUUCGACAGUGUAAAUCUCUACUCUCAAGCAAUGAGUCUGAGUCCCGCUGAUCAAACAACUGUGAGAACUACCCUCGUUCAAUGCGAUGCUCAGACAGCCAUGGCGUAUUGCUUGUCAAUAUGGAAAAGCCACUACUCAUUCAACGCAACAUUCAGAGCACUGUUGGAGCUGCUACUGAGGCUGAAUAGAGUGGAAGUAGCUGCUCGAGUCUGUCAGUACUUGGCUCAGAAUGAACUGGCUGAUGUUGCUGCUGAAGAGACUAGUGAUGAUCUAGUACCAAUUCCCAUACCAACGGCAAACUGUCCAAGCACAGAAAGUAACAUUGGUGCAGAAAUAGAUGCUCUAUCACCUGACGGUGCAAGUACUAUAUCAGAGCACACAGAUUUAGAAAAUUCUUCCGGUGAUGAUGCCGACUACUAUUCUGCUGCUGAAGAUCUUAGUAAUGAACCAGAUGUAAGAUACAUGUAGUUCACCUACAGCUAUAAAUUAGUCACAACGUUUUUUAACUUUACAGCAUAUAUGUAUACAUUAUAUAACAUUAACGAUAUAAAUGAAAACACCACAGGUGCUAGCUAUACUGGUAUUUAAUUACAUGUACACAUUUUUGCAUUUGCUUUGAAACAUUACAUGUUUAUAAUUAUUAUUUUUGUCGAGUGUGCUGUUAUGUAUUAUAUACAUGUACAUUUUGGAGGGAGCAGUUCAAUAUUUAGGAAUCAA